AUGGUGCCGGAUGCGUCCAAGGACGUCUACCACACGUGGCACGAGUUCCCGAUCGACGACUACAGCGCAUGUCUUGCAUGGUUUGAGACACACGACGCCACGAUGACGGGCGCCGCGCUCGAGUUGCUUCAGGAGCAUGCGUCGGAUGCAGCGUUGGUUGCUGCGAUCGUCGAGCGCACCAAGAUUUUUGCUCGCACUCGCCCGCAUCUAAAGACGUGGAUCGUCACGUCGUUGAUGGCGUCGGGGCACUGUGUCGGCAUGUGCGGUGACGGCACCAAUGACUGCGGUGCGCUCAAGGCCGCGCACAUCGGCCUCGCGCUCUCAGACGCCGAAGCGUCGCUUGGUAUUUUCAACUUGAUAUUGACUCGAUAUUUUGACCACUGCUACGUUGUGACCCUCCUUUGCGAAGGUCGUUGUGCGCUCAUGACGUCGCUUCUCUCGUUCAAGUACAUGCUGUUGUAUCCCAUCAUCGAGACGAGUCUCAUCUCGGUCAUCAAUUCGUACCAAGCGUCGCUUUCCAACAACCAGUACCUCUGCGACGACCUCUUUAUCGUGCUGGGGCUCUCACUGCUCAUGCUACAAACGGGGCCGGCGCGCCGCCUCGCGCGCGAGCGCCCACCCGACUCGCUCUUUGCCCGCAUCGUGAAGUACGUCCCCGACGAGUCGGGGGACAUGAAGGUCCACGCCUACGAAGUGUCGAUCGCGUUUGCGUCGGGGUACUGGUUUUACAUUACGCUCGCCAUGGUCUUCAACUGGAACGGACCGUUCCGCGCCAGUAUCUCCUCCAACUGGCCGUUUGUGCUCUACGUGGUGACGUGUGCUGGCGUCGCGCUGAGCCUCGUGCUGCUACCAGACAAGAACGCCAUCGCCGAGCUCUUGGGCACGCCGCUGCCAACGUCGUUCAGCUACCAGAUGUUUGGCCUUAUGAUGGUCUACACCGUCGUGGCGUCGGUCUACGAGCGCAUUUUGCACCGCUGA